AUGUUUCAUUUUCAAAGGUCAGUAGUGAGAAGUGUGAUAAACACGGAGAGAAUCUAUGCAAGUUCCCGUCUUUAUUCGUCAACAGGAUUAACCAAACCGGAGUUGGAAGAGAAUGCUAUCACAGAACAAGCACCUAAUAGAGCUGAAACAUGGUCUCCUAGUCAGAAGUCAAGGGUAGACGUAAUGGCACAAUAUCCAGUAAGAUUCAUUCAAAAGGACUUGAGUAAACAGCCAAGAGCAUAUGCUGCCAUUGAUUUAAUUGCAAAGCAGCCUAUAAGAUAUUUAAGUCACGAUGAAGGUAACAUCGCAGUAUGUGAUGGUAAUAAAGAGAACACUUUAAUGGGUCAUCCAAAAAUUUUCAUCAACUUGGAUAAGCCACAAGCUUCUACAUGCGGCUACUGUGGUUUGAGGUAUGCCAAAGAAGAGUUCAAAGACAUUAUCGAAAAUGGACAUUCUUGA